AUGAGUAAACAUGAAAGAAGCAGAUUUGUGGAGCAGCUGUUGAAGGAAGAGCUUGAGGCUGUGGUUCUGGGGCUGGAGCAGGGACUCUACGCUUGGGAAGAAAUUGACCUGCCUCAUGAUUCACAGGGCUCCACUCCUCUUAUCAGUGCCUGCAGGAGAGGUCUUACUAAGGUGAUGCAUUUCCUUCUGAAAAGAGGAGCCGAUGCUACGCUGUGUAACCAUAGCAACCAGACAGCUCUUCACGUUAGUCAACCAGCACUCCAAGAGGAGCUGUUGACGGCUAUGAUCGGAGACGUACCCCAUCAGAGGCAGCUCUCACAAGCAGCCUGGAGGGGAGACCUCUGCUGUCUACAGGACCUGAUGGCCCAGACUUACUUGGUGGAGUUGAAUAAACAGAACAGAGAUGGACUGACUCCCCUGAUGUUGGCUGUAAGGGAUGUGGAUCUGUUUGAAGAACUGGAGACGCCGUGGGACUAUCAACCUGUGGAAGUGUUGAAAGAACUUAUGUCUCUUCCGGUUGAUAUGAAGAUCCUUGAUGGAAGAGGUCACACUGCUCUGUGGUACGUCUCUCAGAUCAAGAGCACCAAGAAGGAAGAACUCUUCCGUAUAAUGGAUUCUUCAAUGCAAACAGAUUCAGAUGGGAUGAAGAAAGAAUCAGCUGAGACUAUAAAGGCACAAAAUUAUCAUGCAGACAUCCACCAAGAUAACAGGAUUUGCUUUGAGGGUUGGAUGGAGCCAAAGAUAUUCAUCAGACAAAAUGGCAGAGAUGAGAGGAAACGAAGCAGUCGAACUUCAUCCUUGCCCAGCCUAUGGAACGGCAGAAAAGACAAAGGCAAAAUAAGGUCCUUGCAUCCAUCACUCAGUUUGACUUCUUCCUCAAUGCCUGUUCUUCCUGCUGCUCAUAUCACUCAGCUCAGUAAGUCUGCUCCAAUGCUAAUGGACCCUCUUCUUGAUGCAAGUGCGCUGUUGCAAGCACGGGCUAACAUUCAUAACAGGCUUAGAGGUGCUCACACAGGGGAUGACGAUAACAGACAAAAGACACUACCUACUCGAUGUUCAAAGACACCCAAACAUCUUGCUCCGCUGGACAAUAUACACCAGGAUGGCUCUGCAUGUUCAAAUCUUGAGCACCCACUUCUCUUAAAACAAAGUAGCAUCUUGCCCAUCUCAUCACAGUCCAGACAAAGACUGGAAAGGAUCUCCAGGCCGUCUUCCAGAAGAUCCAGAGGCACCCAAGCAGGCAGUGAAGAGAGCAACUCCUGCAGCAGUAGUAGCCAAGAAGAGGAUGAGACUGUGCCUCAAGAUACACACAAAAUACAUGUGGGCUUAGAGAAGUCACUCAAUCUGGAACUGGGGACCUACUUGGAUUUUCAGGAUUUAGUCAGUUCUGUAAUACACAAUACUACAAACGAUAAUGUAAUUUCAGACAACAAGAAAGGCUACACAUCUAUCAAAUCAUUGACUGUUAGGGAAGUCAAGGAUGAAAUAAGAUGCAAGUCUUCCAAAACAACCGAAAACUCUCCAACUAUGAACUGCUGCUCGGUCUCUGAAGGACCCAAAAACAUAAUCAGACAAAUACCUACAGUCAGAGAAUCCGGUUCUGUUGCAGGUGAGAAACACCUCACCGCUGUGGAUACUGGUGUAGUAGAACAAACUUCACAUGAGAAGAACAAACCAAUUAAGAUGAUCAAGAGAAAUGCCAGUAAAGGCAAAACAUCUAUUCAGACAAAUCAGUCAUUCAAUGUUCUGGCACACAGAAAACAAAGUACUGUUAAAACCACAAGGAAUAGGAUAUAUUCACCAAAUCACUCAAAGGAGCAACUCAGAGAAAGUAAACCCACUAGCAUAGUUAUUGCAGGAGAGACGACUAACAAAUAUUUGCCAAGAGCACCUAUAAUGGCUUGUAAAAAAACUGCAACAAGGUUGGUCUCUGAACCUUUUCAACACAUGAAGUUGAGUGAUGACAAAGCAAGCAAUAACAGUCAAAACCAACUUCACAGAGAUCAGAGUAAUGCAAGAGCAUCCAAAAAGCCAGCAACAGGACCAAUACAACGAGCAAGGUCUGCUGUGGAUUAUGUCACUUACAAUGACAUGUUUCUGAAGAUCAGUCAGGGAGAUGAAGGCCCAGUAAUCUACGAAAUGUUUGCGACUCCAGUUUAUGAGAAUCUUAAAGCGGACAGUUCUGCAGAGAGAACCAGACAGAUCCAAACAGCACUUCAAGUUAAAAGACAGAUCAAUGGAAAACUAAGGGGCCAAAAAAAAGAGGUUAACCGAAGGAAACAAGCUCAAUCAGAGAGAUCCAGUCGAGCUAAAUGCAGGCAGCUCAAGCGGAGGGAUAAUGUUACCAAAGAGAUAAAGAAACGCCCACCUUCUCCAGAGAAUAAAUGCCAUGUCCUUGUAACCUCUGCUUGUGGAACUGUCCAGCAGAACAAAUCUGAAAUGCACAUCGAGGGAGAUGGAAGAGAAAUUUCAAGUGCAGAAAGACAAUAUACUUCCAUACUAUCAGUGAUUGAGGAAGUACUUUCCAACACUGUAUCCAAAACAAGUCUCAUAAAGGAAAUAAUACUUCAAGAACAAACUCCAAUUGAUGCAAGUGCCAAAAGUGAACCUGAAAUAUCAUGCGAGACCAAAUUGCCAUCGCAGCCCCUUAUCAAUACCUGGACAAGUGACGGAACGGCGUCACCUUUGUACCAGAGGUUUCUAGAGGAGGUUGGUGAUGGACCUCUCACAGAUGACCUGCUGAGGUCUUUGGCAGAGGAGUUGAUCUCACUCGAGAGAAGAGACGUUGAAACACUCAAGACUGAAAAGGAAGAUAGCACAGAGUUUAAACAUAACUUGCCUACAAAAUUUAAGACAUUUUUAAAUGAGGGUGUGUCCUCAGGUGAACUGCAUUACUCUAAUGGAUCUUGCUCAGAUGAUGCUAUCACAUGGACAAAAGGAGAGGUUCUGGGUAAAGGAGCUUAUGGAACGGUGUAUUGUGGGCUAACCAGUCAAGGUCAGCUGAUUGCAGUAAAACAGGUGGCACUGGAUGCUUCAACUUCAGAGAUGGCAGAAAAAGAGUAUGAACGCUUCGAGAGAGAAGUGGAUCUUCUUAAGACCCUUCAUCACACUAACAUUGUUGGUUUCUUGGGCACAGCUCUCUGUGAGAAUACUGUAAGCAUCUUCAUGGAGUAUGUUCCAGGUGGGUCAAUCUCAAAUAUCCUGAGCCGGUUCGGACCCUUGCCAGAGAAGGUCUUCAUUCUAUACACUCGACAAAUUCUGGAAGGUGUUGCCUAUCUCCAUGCUAACAGGGUCAUCCAUAGAGAUCUGAAGGGGAACAACAUUAUGCUUAUGCCCAACGGAGUGAUCAAGCUAAUCGACUUUGGUUGUGCUCGCCGUCUUAGCUGUCUUCAGACUUCAACUGGAAGUAAGAGUGACAUUCUGAAGUCUGUGCAUGGUACCCCAUACUGGAUGGCACCAGAGGUCAUAAGUGAGACAGGUCAUGGACGAAAAUCAGACAUCUGGAGCAUUGGCUGCACUGUGUUUGAAAUGGCCACAGGAAAGCCACCCCUCGCACACAUGAACAAGAUGGCAGCUCUUUUUUACAUUGGGGCUCAAAAGGGCUUAAUGCCAUCUCUGUCUGAUGACUUCUCUUCAAAUGCAAAUGGCUUUGUCAAGGCUUGCCUAACCAGAGAUCCAAAGCAACGACCUUCAGCAGAGGAACUGUUAGGACAUCCAUUCAUCUUUCAUCACAGCCAAGCCUGCAAUAGGCCAAUGAACUGAAAACUUGAUUCACCA